CGUUUGUGAUUUUCGCGCUAUUUUUUCCCGCUGAUGCCGGCUUGCUGUCAUUUUAUAGAGGUCAGCAACGUUAACGUUAUUAGUUACUCGUAAAUUCUUGUUUUAACUUUAUUUUUAGGAUAAAACAAACAAAUCUGUCAAAAUGUUUGAAGCGCGCCUACUCCGAAGUUCCAUCCUGAAGAAAGUCCUGGAAGCGAUUAAGGACCUCCUCACACAGGCCGCAUUUGACUGUGAUGAUAAUGGAAUACAAUUGCAGGCUAUGGACAACUCGCACGUGUCGCUGGUGUCCCUAACCCUCAGAGCGGAUGGGUUUGAUAAGUACAGGUGUGAUAGGAAUAUAUCAAUGGGCAUGAAUUUAGGAAGUAUGUCUAAAAUUUUGAAGUGUGCGGGCGACAAGGACACAGUGACGAUGAAAGCGCAGGACAAUGCAGAUACUGUCACAUUUGUGUUUGAGAGCCCCAACCAGGAAAAGGUGUCCGAUUAUGAGAUGAAACUCACAAACUUGGAUUUAGAGCACUUAGGUAUCCCAGAGACUGAAUACAGCUGCACAAUCCGUAUGCCGAGCGUGGAGUUUGCAAGGAUUUGCCGCGAUCUCUCACAGUUCGGCGAUUCUAUGGUCAUAUCCUGCACAAAAGAAGGUGUAAAGUUCUCGACGAGUGGCGACAUUGGUUCGGCGAAUGUCAAAUUGGCACAAACCGCGUCCAUAGACAAAGAGGAGGAGGCAGUCGUCAUCGAAAUGGACGAACCAGUGACUCUCACAUUUGCAUGCCAGUACCUUAACUACUUCACUAAGGCCACCUCCUUGACUCCACAGGUUCAACUGUCGAUGUCGGCGGACGUGCCGCUAGUAGUCGAAUACCGCAUUCCCGAUAUCGGCCAUAUUCGCUACUACCUAGCGCCGAAGAUUGAAGAAGAGGAUAGCUAGAUUACUACUAUAAUACACAAAAUUCUUUGUUAGGCUCGAGGCACAUUGGCGUGACGUCCAAUCGACGCCCGAGACGGUUUCGACGCCAAUAUUCGUUUCUGUGCCUACAAUCAAUUCUAUCCAAUAACCAGACAAGUACGAGAGAAAGUAAAGUCUGUUCUCUUAAACAGUGUCGGUACACCCGCAGGUGCACUUAUUAUUUUGCUUUUAUUUUAUUAUUUUGUACUGUUUGUUAAAUGAUUUUAUAUUAUAAAAAUAGAAUGUGAAUAAUAAACAAGUAAGGUAGCAAAGAGAAUUUUAUGAGAAGGUAGACGCUAAAUUCUCCUGCGGGUGUACCGCCGCACGCGGCGACUUUGAUGUCGCGGCGGCGCCUUUUGACAAAAU